AUGAAUAUAUUACAUAAUCCCGCCGCACGUAAUGUGGCUGCACGAGCUCGGCUGCCCUGCGCCUCGUCCACUUCGCUGCUUCUUCUCAUCACGAAGAAUCAUACGAAUAGCGAUAACAGAAAGAACAAGAACAAAUGGCCCGUCGCAAAGCAUCUCAGUUCAGAAUCGCGUUCUCGUACGUGUUUGACUAUGCGCUCUGCAUCGUGCUGAUCGGCGUGUGGUCCUACAUAGCCACCUUCGAGCCUUCCUACUCGCGCUUCUCGCUCUCCGACAUCACGCUGCAAUACCCCAUCGCCGAUCCCGAGACGGUGCCGUACGGGCUCGCGGUCGUGUACUCGAUCAUCGUGCCGCUGGCGGUGAUUGUGCUCUGGCCGCUCGUCGUCGACCACUUCAGAUACCACUCCUCGUUCUCGAGCCGGCUCUGGGACGUCAACGCGGGCAUCCUCGGUCUGCUUCUGUCCGAGGCCAUCACGCUCGUCAUCACGACCUCGCUCAAGGAAAUCGUCGGCCGCCCGCGCCCGGACGCGAUUGCGCGGUGCAUGCCCGAAGACGGCGCGACAGACGCCUCGCCGUACGGCCUCUCAGACAUCACAGUCUGCACGCAGCCAGACAAGGACAUCCUCGCCGAGGGCUUCCGAUCCUGGCCGUCCGGACACAGCUCGACCGCUUUCGCAGGCCUGGGCUAUCUGUCGUUCUACCUCGCGGGGAAACUCUCGCUGUACGAUAACAAGGGCGAGGUGUGGAAAGCCACGGCGGUGAUGUUCCCGUUCCUGGGCGCAGCCGCGAUCGCGACGAGCAGGGUGAAAGACCAUCGCCACCACGGCACGGACGUGCUCACGGGCUCGAUCAUGGGCUUUGUGAUUGCGUGGAUGUCGUACCGGAUGUACUUCCCCUCGUUGAACGACACCGCGCGCGAGGGCAGGGCGUGGAGUAUCAGGUCGUGGGGGGAGGCGAAAGUGAGUCCGGAGAUUGUCGAGCCGGAGGAUGAGAUUGAUGAGGAGGAGCGCAUCGCGCUUGCGAACCAGGAGUUGAGGCGGCGACAGGUCGCGGCGCAGAGAAACGGGAACUAUGAUUACGACCCGAGAUAUUCCCAGUCAGCUCAGAGCUACAACGACGAAACCUAUGACUCGCGACUGGAUUCCGCGAGCUCGACGACCGAACAUCCGCUUCGACCACAGAUCACGACCGAAUCUGAUGGGAACCCGUUCGAGCCCAGGAGAUGAAGUGAUUAGAUAGCAAUCCAAUACACGUA